AUGAAAAAAGUGCGUGUAAGUGCACUCUACGAGCCAAAUAAAAACGAGGCACGGACAACUAGAGCAUUCAAGCAUGUUGUUCCGUUCAUUUGCCUGUUCUUCAUCCUUGGCUUUCUAAUCCAUGACGGAGUCAACGCUAUAACGGUAGUGGGAGUCAAAGGUGCUUUCAAGACAGACUGCAAAGAUAAGUCUGACGACUGUCCCGCGCUCGCUGCAGGAGGAUAUUGUACUAGCGAAGGAGGAUUUGAAGUUCAGAAAAGCUGCCCGCGAAGCUGUGGCCUUUGUGAUUGCAGGGACCUUGCUACUCAGGAUCAAUGCGACACGAUUAAAAAGAAUAACUUCUGUACGUCAGACGAAAGGCAUUCAGAUUACUACUGUAGAAAAACGUGCGGGUUUUGUAAUAGCGCCUAA